AUAGAAAUCCUCUUGUCAAUUUGUCAACAUGGCACACGUUUGCAAAAGGAACGCAAAAACAAAUUAUGCGCUUUCAAACGACUUUUAAAAAAUCUUCCUGGCUUUGAUCGUUCAAUACCAUGCGCUGUUUGAAGACGCGAACAUUGCUCGGUCUUUUUAUAGCGGGAUGGUUUAUUGGGGUGAUUUAUUUUAUCUCAGGCGUCAAAAGAUCCGAUCAAGCGACGCACGACGGUGACUCAUAUUUAGUGGAAUACGAUAAAUUUCUUGAUGGUGGUACUGUAGACUACCGUGAAGGAAUCACGUCGAAGAUCGAUGAUUCUAGGAUAGCAACUGCACCUAAUGUGCACAAUAAAUUAUCUUCUGAUACAAGAAGCAUUGAAAGUUUUGAUGCUGAUGGCUAUUUGGCUGGGGGGAAAUUAAAAGAAGGAGAGGAUUCGUAUGCAAAUAAUGCUUAUAAUCAAAAAGCGAGUGAAGAGGCUGCGUUUAACCGUGAGCCACCUGAUGUAAGACACGCACAAUGCCAGUCAAAAUCCUGGCCAAGUGAUUUACCAACUACAAGUGUUAUAAUCUGUUUUCAUAAUGAGGGAAGAGCAGCACUACUUAGGACUGUUGUUAGUGUACUUGUACAAACACCUGAACAUUUACUCAAAGAUAUAAUUUUAGUUGAUGAUAAUAGUAAAAAUGCGGAUGAUGGAAAGUUGUUGGAAAAACUUCCCAAAGUUAAAACAAUAAGAAAUAUCGGUAGAGAAGGUUUGAUUCGCAGCCGGGUAAAAGGGGCAAAUCUUGCCAGGGGUGCAGUAUUGACCUUUUUAGACAGUCAUUGUGAAUGUAAUAAACACUGGAUUGAACCAUUACUAUUGAGGAUCAAACAGAAUCCUAAAACAUUAGUUUCUCCAAUAAUUGAUGUGAUUAAUAUGGAUAAUUUUCAAUAUUUGGCUUCGUCGCCUGACUUACGCGGAGGGUUCAGUUGGAACAUGAAUUUUAAAUGGGAUUAUCUUCCUCAACACGUCUUGGCUGAAAGACGAAAUGCCCCAAUAUCACCGAUCAAAACUCCAGUCAUCGCUGGUGGUCUGUUUUCAAUUUCAAAAGCUUGGUUCUAUGAAAUUGGAAGAUACGAUCUCGACAUGGAUGUAUGGGGUGGAGAGAAUUUAGAGAUAUCAUUUCGCGUGUGGUUAUGUGGUGGGGCGAUGGAAAUCUUGCCUUGUUCAAGGGUCGGACAUGUUUUCCGCAAUAGACAUCCUUACGACUUCCCUGGUGGAAGUAUGAAUGUUUUUCAAAAAAAUAGUAGACGAGCUGCCGAAGUUUGGUUUGAUAAUUAUAAGAGAUAUUAUUACGCUGCCGUUCCGUAUGCAAAGAACAUCCCUUAUGGAGACAUUCGCGAGAGAAUUGAUCUGAAAAUGAAAUUAGGUUGUAAACCAUUCAGUUGGUACGUCAAAAACGUGUACCCGGAAUUAAAUGUUCCGAAGGAAGAGGACGCACAAGCUUUCGGCGAAUUGAGACAGGGAGAUGACUGUGUAGAUACGCUAGGUCACAAUAAUGCAGGCGGUACUGUUGGUAUGUUCAAAUGUCACGACGCCGGAGGUAACCAGUAUUGGACGUUUACAAAACACGGACAACUCAAGCACGAAGAACUUUGCUUGUCGGUGAAAAUUGGCCGGAUCAACGAAGUUGUAAGAUUUCAACCUUGCCUGGAAAAACAUCCUAGUCAGCAUUGGUUAUUGACAAUGGAUCAACAGCUACGUUUCAAAGGUUCCUUCUUUUGUCUCGACAGUCGAAACCACGAAACCAAAGGAAUUGGCAUAGCAAAGUGCGAAUCAGGCGUCAAAACACAAUCAUGGUCAUUUGGUGUCAAACUAUAACCUUGCCCAAUACACUAGUCCCAUUAUAAAUCAAUUUCACUCCAGCGUUGGCAAGUUUUACAAAGCUCAGCAGCUUACAACAUGUGCUGCGAAAUGUAACGAAAGACCAAUACACCCUUUCGAUAAUUACGUCACGAACACAUGACUUUCGGCCAAGUAGACGCGUCUGGUAGUAAAUUCAUGUUCAGUAAAUCCUAUAUACACGAAUUUGUAAUCCUCUAGGAUUAUGUCUAAGGUUAGGUGUAUGGUCAAUGAUUAGGGUUAACCCUAAUCUCAAGUGCAAUCCUAAUCCCUGCCAAUCGCGUAAUUAUUAAAAGGGUGUAUUUUUUGUCAUGUAGCACUGAAGUCUGCUACCAAAACACCGUGCUAGGAAGAUAUAGGAAUUCAAACAGUGUCUAAAUAAUUUUUUUUUCACAAAAUUGUCUUUUCUAUCUUUAAAAUAUAUUAGACAUAGAAGAAGAAUGUAUGAAAUUAGGCUAAAAGAAAUUUGCAGUAGUUUUUUGUCAAUGAAUUGUUUUCUUUUUCAAACCACACAAC